GACAAACUUCGGCGAUCUGGGAUCGGAGGUAACGUUAAACUCAAUCUCCCAGCCAGUCACUCAUAGGCCUUUCCGGGCGACAAGGUUGAGGCUGGUCUCCCGCGCCGCUGCCGUCAUGUUGGAGGUGAUUUACGUUACCCGCCAUGGGUUCCGGUCGAACUGGCUCGUCGAUCCGUCCAGCGGCAGCUACACGACGUUCAUCAAAUCUCCCACGGGCGGAGCAGCUGAUCCGGCCUUGACGGCGCAUGGCGUGGACCAGGCCAACGAGCUUGCCGUAAGGCUGCUGGAUGCCGACCCGCCCAUCGCGCGUGUCUACUCCAGCCUGUACUACCGCUGCCUGCAGACGGUCGAACCCUUCGUGCGCAGGGCGCAGGAGGCAGCCGCGUCGGCGGGUGAGCGUCGCUUGAGGAUCCGAGGCGAAACGGGCCUGGGCGAGUGGUACGGCUCAGCCAGCUUCGAGCACCCCGUCCCUGCCAGUGUCGGGACGCUCGAGCAGCUGUUCCCAGGCAUGCUCGAUCCGGACUAUGGGCCGGCAGUAACGCCGAACCGGACGGGCGAGAGCGUCGAUGAACUGCACGACCGCGUGGCAGCGACGUUGGAAGCGCUGAUCGCAGAGUGCGACCGAGAUGGCGUGCGUGCGAUCCUGCUGUGUUCGCAUGCCGCCGUCAUCAUUGCCAUGGGACGCGUCCUGACGGGACACAUGCCUGAGAAUGUCGAGGUCGAGGACUUCAAGUGCUUCACCUGCGGGCUGAGCAUGUAUCGGCGGCAGCCGCCGAACAACAGGCUGAUCAGCGCCGAGUCCCGGGCCAGCAGGGAUGGGAUCAUGCGGCAAGCCACGGAUGCAUGCGGCGUCGAUCAUCAUGCCAAGGCUGGCUCGGCCCUCGGUACCAGCUGGCGAGCGGGUAAAGGGAUAUCAGGGGGCUGGAACUGCGAACUGAACAGCGACUGUACCCAUCUGUCGCUGGGCGCAGAGCGAGGCUGGAGGUUCUCCGGGGACGAGUCUUUCACAGACAUGGCAACCGGACAGAGCAUCCUUGAUGCUCGGCCCGACAGGGGCAAAAACUCCGCACACCGGGAGGAGGGCUCCCGGGGCAAGCUUUAGGCUUCUCGCGGAAGGUGCCGUGGUCGGGGAUAUUGUGGGGACUGUCUAUGCCCUUUCGAAGUCUCGGAGAAGGGAUCCCGGCGCCUCGUAACCGCGGUUAUACUCCGUACGUGCACGGACAAUAUGAAGCAGCGCUUUGACCCGGACGUUGCA